AUGGCAGCCUCUCAAUUUCUCGCGUGCAAGUCUAUCCUGCUUCCAUUUAAGUUUCUUGGACUGUCCGUUGGUGGUAAUCACAGGCAGUUAGCGUUUUGGAGACCGAUUAUUUCUUAUAUUAGGAAAAGGCUUUCAUCGUGGAAGGGUAGGCUUCUAUCCAUUGGUGGUAGGGUCACAUUAAUUAACUUCGUUCUUACGAAUUUUCCAAUUCAUCAUCUAUCUUUUUUCAAGGUGCCGACGAAGUGGCUGUGGAGGUUCACUCAUGAGCAUGAUGCACUUUGGUAUGAUAUUCUUGAAGCUCGGUAUGGCAAUUUGAGGAAGAGAAUUAUUUCAAAACGCGGUUUCGUAGCAGCAGGCCUUGCGUCUCUAUGGUGGAAGGAUAUCAUAAAGAUUGGAGAUUCUUGUAAACAUAAUAGUUUUCUCAAGAAAUUGUCUUGGAAGUUGGGUGAUGGUGAACUGUUUUCUUUUUGA